AUGUCGCCUACCACAUCUCUCGAGAUCCCCGUCUUCUCCCCGGCGGCAGCUCUUCACGCCCAGUCUCUCGGCGCCCAGCGCAUCGAGCUCAAUGCACAAGGCUCGUAUCCCGCCGGAGGCCUGACUCCUACCCUCGACGACCUGCGCGCUGUCUCUUCUUCGUUGAAGAUCCCGAAUCGAGUCAUGAUUCGGCCAAGGGGACCCCCCGCUGAAGGAGGUUGCUUGCCGAUGGAGGCUUGA